ACACCACCAGUGCUGCUUCAAGCACUGCCAUUUAUCGCAUUGUCCUUUUUCCUUUUUAUAUCCAGGUGUCAUUACUCAUUGAAUCUCUCCUAUAUCAGGGUUUGAACAAUGUCGCUCUCCAGGAGCUACCGGACUGCCACCAAGCAGGUUCGCAGCUUCUCCGUCUCUACCAGACUGCGUAUCGGCCCUGAAUCUCCUAAUUACAUCGAGGUCCCUCAAACAUUGCAACCCGAUCUGCCUGCAAAGCCUCGAGUCAAGGGUACUCUACCUGUUCCACGUGAAAUCUUCCCAGCCCGUCGUCCUGACAAGCCUACACCGGCCUACAUCUCUGCCGUGACCCCAGAACCAAGCAAGGUGAAAACAAUCAAGAAGAACGACCCCAAUGCAGAAACAAUUGCAUGGAAGCAGAGGAUGGCAGACUCCCGGCGGACGAAUCUCAGGGAAGGUUUACUUGAGUUAUACGAAAGAAAAGAGAAUACAGUUGCAGCCAUGACGCGGCGCAGUGCGGCUAAGCAGGCCCGCCGAGAGCGUGUGCUGAGACAACCGCAGAGAGAAGAUGAACGAUUGACGAGCCCGUCGGUUGUGCAGUCUUUGGAAGAACAGCCCUCCAGCUUACCAGAUCCCGACCGAGAGAUCCGAAUUGCACAGUCACGCGAGCGUGUGUUGCAAAAACAGCUUCAGAAAUCUGCAGAACGCCACACCAACCUUCAUACUUUGUACAUGAAUGCUAGAGAAUUUAUUGUUACGGAGGAGCAGCUCAUGAAGGAGAUUGAGGAUAAAUUCCGUGAAGACGGUGGUGAUGAAUGGCGAUCCGACAGCGGCGUGGGAACCAAUGUCUGGGCCAAAGGUGCACCGCCGACUAUCCAGAGCAUUGUCAACAAUCAGACCAAGGAUGAUGUUGGAAGAUGGCGCAUUGAGCAAGAGAGAAUGAGCAAGGUGGUUGAGGAGAUGACUGGGGGAAAGAUCACCAUCAAAAUCUGUAUAAUUUUGGAAAAUGCUCAAGCAAAGGCGGAGAACGGGAUAGGCAAGUACUAA